AUGAAUUGCUGCAGCGACACGCUAAAAAGGCUAAGAGCAUGUGUGUGCGACCAAACAGCAUGGGUAACACUAUUGCUCGGUGGGCUCUACGUUAGUCUGGCUGCGUCGAGAAUUAUGAUGACAAGAAUAUCCGAAAAUGAAGAUGGCCUCUAUAAUUAUCUUCCUGUGACAGUCAAUGUUUGUGCUGAGAUGGUCAAAUUAGUUUUCAGUAGUGUUCUGGCAUUCAAGUAUUUUUAUCAGGCGGGUCAUUCUUUUAGAGAAGUAUUCUGUUUAACAACAAAAGAUUUGUUAUCACUAAUGAGAUGGGCCAUUCCAGGUCUCCUUUACUUCGUAGAUAACUUGAUAACAUUUUACACCAUUGCCUACUUUGAACCAGCAAUGGUAGUUUUGAUGAGUAAUUUUGUUAUCAUUACCACUUCCAUUCUCUUCAGAGUUGUAUUAAAGAGAAAGUUGAGCAGUGUCCAAUGGGUAGCAGUAAUAAUAUUAUUUCUGGCACUUGUUACAUUGUCUAGCCGAGUGGAUGACUACCACACACAUAUGAAUCAGCACAAAGACCAUGCAAUAGAUCCAGCUGUUACAACAGUAAAACCAGUAAACCAGGACGAUGCCUGUAAUAUACAAAUACUAAAGACUUCUAGUGCUAAAAAUUCAGUACUCAAAGAUGAGAACAAGAAUGAGGGUGGUGAAGCAGACAGUUUUAUAUUAAAUCAGGGACACAUUCUUGUCAUCACGCAAUGCUUAAUAGCCUCUAUGGCAAACAUUUAUAAUGAAAAGAUUUUCAAAGAAGGAAAAGGAAUGGAAGAAAGUAUUUACGUUCAGAACAGUAAACUGUAUAUGUUUGGUGUAAUAUUCAACUCACUGUCUCUUGUAAUACAUGACAACUAUCGGACUAGAUUGUUACAGUGUGGGUUUUUUUAUGGGUAUAAUGUCUAUUCAAUUAUUUUGAUAUUCAUCACAGCUACUCUGGGAUUGACUAUCGCAACCAUUCUGAAAUUUCGAGACAACAUGUUCCAUAUCAUGUCAUCCUCUACAACGACUGUGACGGUUAUUACUCUGUCAGUGGCUUUCCUGAAUUUUCAGCCGAGUUUAGAAUUCUACCUUCAAGCUCCAAUUGUACUGCUAUCAAUAUACGUGUUUAAUGCAACAAAGCUAGAAGAGGAGGUAGGUAAACUGUCUCCAAGAAGAAAGAACUUUAGCCAUACUAGUGCAAAUGGGAAGAUUAACAGACCUGAACUCCAACAGUUGAUUGAGUCUAAUGAAUCAGAGGAAGCAGAAAGUUCAUUUUAG